AUGCGUUGGACGCCGCUGUUGUUGCUGCCUUUGCUGGCCGUGGCCGACGAAGAGGUUCGUUGUAGCGAUGGGAAGUCGGUUUGUCCCUCCGAAACAACAUGUUGUGUGCUGAGCACUGGGGGAUUUGGUUGUUGUCCCAUGCCGGACGCGGUCUGUUGCUCCGACAAAUUGCAUUGUUGUCCCUCAGGUUGGUGGUUUAGGGAGGUUUUGAGCAAUUUUUUUCAACAAAUUCUCGUAGAGCAAAUGUUCAUAAUGACUUUGUUGACUGGUAUUUUCACAAAAAAAGAAUUUUAAUAUCACUGCAGUGGAACUGGGACGAUUGGGGAAACCGAAAAGUAUUAUUUUUCUUCCAUGCAAGUGUCGAAUUAGGAUAAUCGAGGGUGCUGAUUUCGAAAAUGAGAUUCAUAUUUUGAUCCUUAACUUUUCUUUAGUAGUACUGUAAAGUAGUAAUUUUUUGAUUUUUUUCAUAAUAAUCGAUUUGGGGGUUUUCGAUGGUGCUGCUUUCAAAUCAAAAAAAAAUGAAAAAGAUUUUCGAAAUCAGCAAGGUCGAAACCCCCCAAAUCGAGUAUUUAUGAAAAAAAUUCAAAAAAUUACUACUUUACAGUACUACUUAAAAAAAGUAAAUAUCAAAAAAUGAAUGUCAUUUUCGAAAUCAUCACCCUCGAUUAUCUUAAUUUGGCACUUGCAUCGAAUAAAAAUAAUAUUUUUCGGUUUCCCCAAUCGUCUUUUCCCGCAAUGGUCCAACUCCGCACUGUGGUCUCUAAAAUUUAAAUUUUAUCAUUUCCAUAAUCACCAUGUACAACAUCUACUUAUAGGUAUGGAAUGCGACACCAAAGAGGCUAAGUGCAACUACGGUCCCUUUACCCAGCCGAUGCUGAAGAAGCUCCCCGCCAGAGUUGAGGAUUCCGGCUGUGACGACCCGACUUUCUCCUGCCCCGAUGGCACCACUUGUUGUAGCGCGCCCGGCUCGCUCCCCGGCUGUUGCCCGUUGCCGAAUGCGGUUUGUUGCUCGGACGGGCAACAUUGCUGUCCCCAUAAGACCACGUGUGACAUUGCUGAACAGGAAUGUUUGACUGUAAGCACGAAUAUUUUACUGUAAGCAAAUUUUCUAGGCAUUUGAUGAAAUCCCAUGGUUCAAAGGGUUCCAGGCCUUCAAGAAUUCGCGAGAGGCCAAGUUGAACCACAGGAAGAGCUUGAAAUGCACGGGAGACUCCAAAAGGUGACAAUUUAAUACAAAUUUUAUAAAAAACAUGCCAUGGAUAAUAUAAAUUUUAUGUCAUCCUUGCUUUUUCAGAUGUCUAAACUCUCUCUCCGGCCAUGAAUUUUGUUGUCCAUUCCACGACGGGGUCUGUUGUGAAGGGAAGAGCAAAUGCUGCCCAUCCGGUUUCACGUAAGUCAUGGAUAAUAUUAGCUCAAAAAAAUACUAAUUUUACUAUUCCAGAUGCUCCAGAGACUCAGAAGACUGUGUAAAAGACCAGAAUGGAGUCUUUAUCUCUAUGAAGAUGUAUCCAUAA